ACAAUUUAUUCCCCCAAAAUCACAACCUUCCAAUCCUCACCACCCUCUCUCUCACUCCCCACCGCCACUCUCCUCCGCCGCCGCCGCCAUGGAAUCAAAAUCAAAGAAAAAAUCCAAGAAGCCGAAGCACCAGCACCCCAACGACCAAACCACCUCCAAAUCCGAAUUCUCCUUCAGGCCCUCCUCCGACGUGAAAGGCCUCCGCUUCGGCGGCCAAUUCAUCGUCAAAUCCUUCACCGUCCGCCGCGCCCGCCCCCUCGAGCUCCUCCGCCUCCUCUCCCUCCCCCCCACGCGCCGCGACCUCCCCUCCGCCGCCGCCUACCUCCCCACCAACUUCACCAUCCUCGCCCACCACGCCUGGCACACGCUCACGCUCGGCCUCGGCACCAAAAAAUCCAAGGUCGUCGUCUUCGUCUUCGACUCCGAGGCCUCGCGCGUCGCCGCCGAGCGCCUCUGGCCGGCCGAGAUCCCGCUCGGGGAGGUCAAUCGCAAGCUGAUCCGGAGGCUCUCCGGCUGCGAGAUGGCGCGAUUCAAGUUUAGGAAGGGCUGCAUCACUUUCUACGUUUAUGCUGUGAGAAAAAUUGGGGAUUUAGGGUUUGUGUGUGCGGAGGAUUUGAAAUGCGUGCUGCAGUCGGUGGUGGCGCUCAAGGAUUUUAUUGAUCACACGGCGAUGCUCGCCUUGCCGGAGCAGAGGAGUAUUGACCACGCGCCGCCGGUCGCCGUCGCCGUCGCGCAUUGAGAUUUUAGGAAUUUUUCUGUUUACCAUUUUUUUAAUUCGGGAAUUUUCUUCAUUUGACGAUUUAUAUUUUUUUUCGGUGGAAUUUUUGUAAAAAAAAUUACAUACGGAGUAUAUUUUAAAUUUAUUUUUAUUUGCUGAUUUUUUUUAGAGAAAUGGUCGUUAAUCGUUUAGCUUUGUUAAGAGAAGCUGUGGUCAGACCUUUCCUUAAUAAAAUUAUUGCUCCAGUAAA